AUUGAAGAAGAGGAAAAGGUUUACCUGAGCUCUGACAGUCUGUGCAUGGACGAAGCAGGUUCCGAGAUUAAUGCAGAAAUUUAUUCCACCGAAUUUCUCAAUACAAUAUCGUGCUCCGGUCUGCCGCCGCAUGAGCUAAAAUUAAAGAAAGGAGUUCCCGUCAUGCUCAUUAAGAAUAUCGAUCAAGCAAGAGGUUUAUGCAAUGGAACUCGUCUCCAAGUUGAAAGACAGGGCAUGCAUGUAAUUAGUUGCAAAGUAUUAUCCGGUAAGAAUGUUGGCGACAUGGUAUUUAUUCCUCGGAUGACUUUGAUACAUUCGAAUUCCACAUUGCCAGUUAAAUUUCAAAGACGUCAGUAUCCGGUGAUUAUAUCAUUUGCCAUGACAAUCAACAAAAGUCAAGGGCACACUCUCUCGCACGUUGGAUUGUACCUUCCAAGGCCUGUUUUCAGUCACGGUCAAUUGUACGUAGCGUUGUCUCGAGUGAAGAGUAGAUAUGGGAUAAAGAUUUUAAUAAAGAGCGAAUCCGGUGAGUUGUCCAGUGUUACUAGCAACGUCGUGUACAAAGAAGUAUUCGAAAGAAUAUAAAGGUACACAUUGACAAACAUAUAUAUUAGUUUUAUUUAUGUUUAACAUUGUUUUUUUUCAAUAU